AUGGACCUUGGAGGUGGUAGCGCCCAUACUAGUGGUAAUGAGGGUGCUGGGCUCUCAGGUGUAGCUGGUGGCGACUCAGACGCAGUACUACGCAGCGUGACUCAACAAGUCAUGGCUGAAAUUGUGCAUGAAAUUGAAAAGGUGCUGACAGUACUCCAGUGUAGGGAGGAGCAGAGGGUGCUAUUUGCUACUUAUAAACUGGCAGAAGAGGCCAAGAGAUGGUGGAUAGCAGUGAAACUCCUGGAGCAGGAGAGAAUAGUGCCUAUAGAGAUGACAUGGGAUCAAAAAGUCAAGAUAGAGGAGUUACUGAACCUAAAGCAGGGAGAGCAGACAGUGCAACAGUACGUGGCGAAGUUUAUUGAAUUAUCUCGCUUUGUCCCGUACAUUAUUCCAGACAAGACAAAGAAAGUAAGACGAUUUGAAAGAGGCUUGAGGCAAGAAUUACAUAAGCAGGUAUCAAUACUGAAAUUGCAAGAUUUUUCUGAGCUGGUAAACAGAGCAGCUAUGGUAGAAGCCGGAGAGCGGUUGGAGGCUGAAGAGCAUAAACAUAGAAAGAGAUUCACGCCUUUUGGUUCCCAGUAG